AUGUCGUCGCCGAAAAUGGACAACCAACCCAUGCGCAGUCCGUCAGUGGACGUGAGCUCUAUACAUCUGGUCAUUGAGGCACUUCAGGCUGCCAGUUGCGCAGUUGAGGGCACAGCGGGUGAUUCCUUUGCGCGUCAGUGGGAACUGGUGUCUACCGACUCGGUGGCUGGUUCAUUCUUCCUAAGGUCACUCUCUAUCUCCCUAGGGCUGGAACUGCCCACUUCACUUCUCCAAUGCAGACAAAUCGAGGAAGUUGCCGCGAAAAUCACUGAAAUCGCGGCGGGUGUCGGCACGGACUCAAGAAACAAAGUUCCCCUGCACACCAUCCAUAUUCACCAGGGCUCCCCGCGAGUGGCCAUCAUAAGCGCUUCAUGCCGAUUGCCUGGGGGAGUCGAGACGCUCGGUGACUUGUGGUCAAACAUUCUCCUCCCAGGAAGGGAUGCAAUCACCCCUAUUCCUCCCUCGCGAUGGGAUGCAGAUAUGCUUUACGACCCAGAAGGAGGUGAAGGUACUAUUUAUGUCAGAGAAGGAGGAUUCAUUGAAGAAGCAGAGGCAUUUGACAACCGUUUCUUCGAAAUCCCCGAUCAUGAAGCUGCGCAAAUGGACCCACAACAACGGCUUCUUUUGGAGGCAGCUUUUGAGGCUAGGGCUCCUUUGAUGAAAGGCCGGAAAGGCCCAACAGAUGAGACCGGUGUUUUCAUUGGAUGCUCAUGCGCUGACUGGUUUCUCGUCCACGCAAAACUUACUACACGAGACACCCCGUCGUGCUUUAUCGUAGAUCUACAGCAUGCAAUGCUUGCAAACCGCAUUUCUUACUGCAUGAACCUGGAGGGGGCUUCAAUGACAAUCGAUACAGCGACGUCGUCUGGCAUUGUUGCGUUCUCCACAGCUGUGAGCCACAUUGAAUCAGGCCGCCUAGUAUGCGCCCUUGCAGGGUCUUCUCAGCUCAUUAUUGCUCCAGAGGUCACAGUGGCUCUGUGCAACCUGGGAAUGCUGUCGCGAAAAGGACGCUGCCGCCCAUUUGAUGAGGCUUCUGAUGGAUUUAUUAGGUCCGAAGGGGUCGUUGUAUUUUCUCUGCUUAGAGAAGAUUACGUUGCCGAAUAUGUUGACACGUCGGUUGUGAGCCCACUGGCGUAUGUUCGUGGGCAUGCUGUGGUGCAUAGUGGAAGGGCGUUCUCAACCACGGCUCCCAGCGAGGGUGCUGAACGGCGUGCCAUGGAAGGUGCCCUGACUAAGGCAAACAUCUCUCCUGAUGAUGUCGACUACAUUGAGGCCCAUGGAACUGGAACAAGGAUGGGGGAUGCAGUAGAGGUUCAAAGUCUUGCUGCUGUCUUUGGGGACUCCCACGACCCCGAAAGGCCACUUCUUGUGGGUUCAAUCAAGGGGAAUAUCGGCCAUUGCGAAGGCUCGUCAGGGGGUGCAGGAAUUUGCAAGGCUAUUCUUGUACUCAUCAACCGCUGUGUGCCAGGCACCCUUCAUUUUAAUCGCCUUAGCAGCUUAAUAGAUCGGGUGCCAAAAUACUUUUCCAUUCCUCGGACGGCAACAAGAUUUCCUGUCCCUGAUCGGCCACUGGUGGUGGGUGUAAGCUCCUUUGGGGUUGGCGGCUGUAACGGCCACGUUAUUUUAGAAGGCCCAGCAGCGGGUCAACACGAUUUUAAAGCGCAACUAAACGACAAAUGCUUGUGGAAAAAGAACAUGUUUCCCUGGUCACACCUGAUUAGCAUGCCAGGAGGCAGCAAUGGGGAAAUUUCUCCCGUGGAAUUAAUUACUCCCGAGGGGUGCAUUCCAACCCCCACUUCGUCCUUCUGUGGGACGAACGUCAGCGUUGUCGGGCCGUCAACCGAUCAGGAUGUUGGACGGAAUGGCCCUGUAGUGUUCACGGAGGUGCCCAUACUUGGACCCAGCAAUGCGGCCAACCACAGGCGGCCCAAAGAAUCUUACCAAGAUGGUAAAUUGAGUUCCACUUGCUGGGGUAGUAAUAGUCUCAAAGUGGCGCAUACCGAGUUUGGCACGUUUUCAUCGAAUGGCGAGGAACCGGAUGUGCGCCCCGACAGCAGCUCACACUUUCCCGAACGUUCCCCACGAGUUCCUGUGGAGGACAGUUCACCAGAUCAGAAGAUUCCGGCAUCUUCAGCUCCUACCAUCUCCCGAGAGCAGAUAAGGGCAGCAAUUAAUGAGUCGCUCAAGCUAGCUCUUAACCGCGACGAGCCCUUGCAAGAUGACACACCAUUUGUGGAGGCAGGAGUAGAUUCGAUGACGUCUAUUGGAAUCAGGGAGGGCCUCUCAAAAAGGCUCAAGCUCCAGCUACCGGCAACCCUUUUAUAUGACCAUCCGUGCAUUGCCCAGCUUGUGGACUACCUGGAAAAAAUCUCUUCGACGCAGGAAGCGGACGUGAGCAACAGCGUGCUCUUUGGAGUGGGACGUCCUACGGCUCGAAGCGCCAUUGCUGUCACGGCAAUGGCCUGCAGGUUCCCGUCAAAGGCUCAUUGCGAUUCGGAGUUUUGGGAGGCACUCCAGUCUGGCCAGGACUGUAUACAGCACAUUCCACUCACGCGUUUUGAUCCGUGGAAGUACAGAGAUUCUGACAGAGACCUAUCUAAUAAGCUUUACGUCAACGAUGCUGGAACAUAUCCAGACAUGGCCUUAUUCGACAACGCUCUGUUCAACAUUUCUAUGGCUGAGGCCCAGUUGAUGGACCCGCAUCAACGAGUCUUGUUGGAGGUCUGCCACGAGGCGCUAGCCGAGGAACUGCGGGAACGCAACCAACGUGAUAUAGCCAUUGUCGUAGGCUGCUGCAACAAUGACUGGGUUCGCGAAGCCUGCACCUCAAAACAGGAGCCCUUGACGUGGCUAAGCGGUUUCUUAACGACGGAAGAUGCAACACUGCCGUUGCAGCAGGCGUUCACAUAUUGA